CCACAGGUCAUUUUCGUUCCUGACCUCCACUCAUUUUUCUCUCUUUUUGGAAAGGCACAAGCAAGAUGAUGCUGUCCAAGACGCCAAGAGGCGGUGGAAAGAAACUAGGACAUCACCUUCUUUCGCUUGCUCGACGACUCGAGAAUGAGGAGGAUGUAGAUGACCUCGCUGGAAUCUUUGAUGAUGCAGCGGCUACAUUGAAGAGCCUAAUCAGGGCUUGUUCCGGAGACGGUCUUUUAGGUGGAGACUUGGAAAAGGCUCAGGCGAUUGUGUCUGCGUCGUCAAAGAGUGGGGAUUUAUCCAAAGACAAGAAAUCUUCCAAACACAAGCGUGGUCGCCGAAAGGAUGCUUCCAAGUCUGGAGACGAUCCAUCAGCCACCAGCAGUGAUGAACAGCUAUUACUGACGGCGCUAUCCCGCAUAUUGGGGUUGAAAGAGGACAAGUUCGAGCCAUGCCUGCUGCUGGUCAUGAUGAGUGCCGACCUGAUUUCCACAAUUGUGGAGUUUAUCAAGUGGGGAAUGGCAUCAUCAGUUUGUCUAGCUGAAUACGAGAUCAUGGCAUCUUCCUGGACAUCAUUGCUGAAUGCACUGAUGAAGGCAAGCAAACGACUUGUUGCAAUGCUGAAUAAUCCUGCUGGUGGACGUUUCAUUGGCAAGGAAGGAUUCGAGAUGUAUCUUGAUAUGAAGCUCUAUGACCGUACCGACGAAAUAUCAACACUGGAGAGUACUCUGACGGCAAUGGCUUCUCUAAUCACACUCUAUGGAGCGCAGCUUUCCCGGAAUUCCAGUUUGGUUGCUGAUAUUUGGAAGAUAGGUUGGACGACGCUGACAAUCCCCUGCAAUGAUAUUCAGAUGGCUGCUUCAGAGCUUCUGGCGGCACUCCCGUGGACAGGCGCGAUGAAAGACAACAACAAUAGCUCGAGAAGCAAUGAUUCACAACAAAAUGUUCGCUGGAGCGAGUUUCUUGUAGACAUCGUCAUUGGCCUCACGACAGUACUACAGAUAGUGAUGCCUCUACGUCCAAAUCUGGCGUCUGUGGAAUCAUCAUGGCAAUUCUCCAAAGAGAUCGGUGGUUUGUUCCCCGAUAUAAUUGCGUAUUUUCAAGAGGGCCCGGCUCCUGAAGAAGAAAAAGAUGCACAGUUUCGCUUCAUCGUGAAUGGUCUGUCUACCUUGAUCCUCGCCUUACUCAAACGAGAGCCACUUCCUGGUGUGGACAACUGCGCUCUCUUGACAAAGGGGGGAGUAUCUCUUGAUAAAAUCUGUCAACUAUUGGAGACUAUGCUCUCGUACCGGGCCCCCUUGGAUUCGAAUCGAAGCAAACGCCAGCAGUCGCUUAUUGAUGGCCGUGUCUGUAACGUCAAGCUUCUUGGUCACAGAUUAUCGAGAGCAUUUCUAUCAACACUGGGGAUCCCAACUCUGAUGUCACGGGCAGAUCGCCUCUUGAGGAUGGCAUCGUCCACAGUCGACAAACCGGCACCAUCAUUGACAGCUCAAACCAACGUCCCUAGAGCAUUCAACCAUCAAACGUUGGCUGGGUCGAUUUCAUUGAAACGAGAGGCUGUCCAGACGUUUUCACUUGUUGUAUCAAUGUUUGGACUACGUCCAGGUUGCAGCAAUGGAAGCUCUUUGUCCCUGCAAGGUCGGUACAACUCGGAAGAUGCCGAGCGAUUUGUAGCGUUUAUCGGGAGAUGUCUCUUGGGGCUUUUGUGGGAUGGGUACGACGAAAAAGAAGACUACGGAACUCUGCAAGAACGGGUGGAGCUUGCCAAAACAGGUGCGGACUCAUUGGCCGGUAUCGUUGAAUCAUGUGGAGGGUUCAUGUCGCUUCAAAGUCGCGUGCUUGUUGAUUCGUACGUGGUGGCAGGGCUGAAGGCGUUAGUCUCUCCAGAUGCCAGUCGGGUUGCUCUAAGCCCAGUGGCAAAAGUGGCCAUGCUUCAUUUGGGCUCUAAAUGCGAGGCUUCACCUCUUCCAACGGGGGCUUGCUCAUCUGUCGGGGAACAGCUUUGUGUGACAGCACAGAAAUGCAGAACGCAUGACAGUGAAACUAGCAUCGCUGCUUCUUCGGCAUUGCGCCUGCAUGAGGCGAGAGUGAACCCUGGUGUUCCCGCCCUCUUCGUCGAUACAAAAUGGCACGUUUUCAGACCCAAAGAAGACGUAUCAGGAUUGUCAUUCAGCAUCCAAAACACCAAGCAUGCCUUGAACAACGAGAGCACAAACGAAAGCGAUAACAGCAAGAAAAAGGAACCCAAGAGCAAGAGGAGGAAGAAGGCGGAAGCAAAGGAUUCCGCACCGUCAGCGUCUGUGACACCAGCCCCAAAACAACAAAAUGCGUCACCAAGCAAAGCGAACAAGGCUGAUGCAGGAGAAACUGGGGUAGCCUCAACCUCCUCCAAACCGGAUGACACUUCUGAUAAAUCCUCUGACAAGGAAGGAAACCAAUCUGCUGACGAUGACAAUGAAGCCAUGCCUUUGAUUGCCGACACCGGCGGCCCUGACCAGGGUGACAGCAGUGAUGAUGAUGAUGCACUCCCCAUGAUCUCAAACGAUGGUCCAGACGAAGAGGAUGAAUAGACAAUAGACAACAUCUGGGCGCAGGGGUAGCACAUCUACUGUCUUCAGACAAACAGAUGACAGGAUUCAGUCCUCUCAAAGCUAUAGUCACUGACUCCUUACCAUUACUGUCGCAGCAGAUUGAGAGACACCAGGAUGUCAUCACUGUUUGGAGGAUGCUUCUAUAUUGGACGCGAGAUACCACCCAGCGCACUAUCAGUCAGAAACGUCGGCAGUGUGACAACGGAUCCAGGAUUGUAUUCUGUUCUUCCUGGCUCUUUUGGUCCGAGAAAGCCAUCCUUAAGAAGCCAGAAUCAAUUCACUUGUACCAGCCAAUACAGAUUGGAUGAGUUGGGUCAAAUUGCACUGGUAGAGUCUACACCCACCUAUUGUUGGUAUUCCUGCACUUUGCUGAAGUGCGGAUUAAUCUCAAAUGGCCCGGAUAAGGAGGAUGGAUAGACAAAAUCUGGAGGCAGGGGCAGCUUAUCACAAAGACUCCAAGCAAAGAGUACUGAAGGAUUCAGGCAUCUCAUAGCUAUAUUCAUUACUCCUUCAUUUUACUGCGUUGCAGAUUGAUAGACACUAGCUAGACUGCCAAAUACACUUUGGAGAUU